AAUCGUUUCUGCAACUAAACGACUCCUUUAUUCUCCUAUUUUCUCAACCUUCUAUCCCCGGCCAUGGACACUCCGAUUCUCUAACUCUUAGCAAAGGUCACUUUUUUUUAAAUCGGAGAGUGAUUUACCAGCAAAAAUUUAGAGCAAAAGACAAAGCAAAAAACUGCUUAGAAUUAGAUAUUUUGUCGUCCAUGCCAACGUUUUAUAGAUUUAUACAAAACCUCGCACCAUUGGAAAGACACCCCUUCAAAGCCGGCUGACAUUCUACUCAUGGCUUAUACUCUCUCUCUCCCUCUGAUAUUCUCAAUGUAUCGAUUUGGCAAUAAAACAGACAUGUUAUAUACCAUUUUUUUUUCUUGUUUUCUUGAUGAAAAACAAAUACCCUUCUCUCUUUGUUGUCUCCCCUGAACAAUGACGGAUAGGAGAUUGAGUAGGGAGUCCUCAAGACGGUCCAUUAUCCUGCAAAAGAAGCUAGUAGAAUCUCGACCACCUAAUAAGUCGGAAAAUGUGCCCGAUCUCACAGAUUUUAUGAAUGACAUGUUCUUUGGAACUGUUAAUGAUGAUAAGAAAGCUUAUAACUUGACUGGAAGUCAUUUAGAUGAUGAUGAAGAAGAAAGUUUCGAUGACAGCACAAGGAGCAAUUGCAGCAGGUUAACUCAGGAGUGGCUAGAAGAGGCCAGACGCAUGAUGGCUUCAUCUCCUACGCGUUGUGAAUCGCCUUCCAGGCUUGUUGGAUCACCAAAGUAUGCAGGCGCAGUUCUUGGCAGGCUUUCAACAUCUUCGGUUCUUGAUAGGAGGGAUCCUCUCUCCAGGUCUGCGAGAAGGCACAGAGCAGUAGAAGGAUUUAGUGGAGAAAUAUUAAUAAAAUCUGCAAAACACAGCCGCAAUAAAUCAGAAUCAUUAGAUAACCUGCCCAUUUCUCCAUCAGAGCCAUCCCCUGCAUCCCAAGUCCAAGAAUGGUUCUCUAACAUCCUUAAACCCUCUAAUCCCAACACCAACCAAUCCAAUGACUCUUCCACUCCCUUAACCCUGGACCCAAUGACCUUAAAUGUGCCACCUCGACAGUCAACGUACCGCAAGUCCCGGUUUCAAACUGAGCAUCAUGCACCUGGUCCCUUAGGAAUAUCAGUUCCAUCACGUAGAACAUUCAAGCCAGCCCCAGUACCAGAUACCCAGUUGCUCUCUCCGCCAAAGAAUCUUAUUGAAUCAGCUCACCGGAGAUCAAUAUCAUCAACAUAUGCCCAACUGGAGGACCAACCUCUGUCUCCACCAAGGAAUCUUGUAGAGUCAGCUCAUAGAAGGUCGAUAACUAGGUCCACUUGCUCCAUCAAUGAGAGAAUUCCACCAAAGCCUAAUGUAUUGAUAAGUGGAAGGCAGAAAGAAGAGUAUAAGGGUGAACGAGGCAUUAGUCUCAAUGGAUUUCUUAAGGAGCAAAGAACCAAGAUUGAGAAGAUCUUGAAUGGGGAGAUUGGUUCUAAGGCCAAAGUUAUCCUUUCUGGCCCUACUAACAGUACAAGUUCAAUGGUAGCAGCUAUAUGCUACGCUUGGUUGUUAGAGAAUAGGUUCAUGAAAAUUAAAGGAGAGGACAAUGGAGAAGGGUAUGUAGUGGUGCCUGUGAUGAACGUAAGGAGAGGGAGAAUGUGGAAGCAAAGACAGGCUGCUUGGCUCUUUCAGUAUGUUGGCCUUGAUGCUACGUCAUUGCUCUUUGCUGAUGAGGUGGACUUGGAGAGUCUAAUUAUGGCAGGACAACUGACCAUCCUUGUGGUUGGACAAGAUAUCCUCAAAACUGACUCUGAGGAUAGAUCUCAGUGCACUAUUCUCACAGAUAAUUACUGUGAAGAUGCCUAUGAUCUGCUUCACAUCCCAAUGCUCAGAAAACUUCUGCUUGCAGGUAUCUUGUUAGAUACACAAAACUUGAAUGCAUCUACUAAAUCGUCGAUGACAAGAGAUGCGGAAGCAGUUCAGUUGCUGCUAGUUGGCUCAGCCCCUGAUUAUCGAAAUACCCUUUUCAAUCAAUUGAUGCAAAAUCAAAGGGAUAAUUCGUUCUUCGAAGCUUUGCGGUACAAUUAUGGAAAGCCCCCUAGUGAAAGCGGUGUCGACAGCAUAGUGCAGAUGGAGAACUGGGGUGCAGAGAGGAAGUCAACUUCUAUCUCCCAAAAUCAAGCCACCGUUCGGGUUUCAGAUAAGAAAUCUACGGAUGCAAAAACUGAAAAAACCAACAAGCAUACACCAACACUUAAACCAGCGGCACCAGCACCAGUAGGUCCCGAUAACUCUCGCGGAAAGAAUAAAUUCUUCCUAGCAAAAUGGUUUGGCUUCGGAAAAUGAUAGACAAAUUUGUAGAUCGGAAUGAGUUAAAAACUUUGAUCAGGGUAAAGAUAUCAUAUUCUUUUAGCAGGAUGUUGUCCCCCUAUGGAUAUGAUUGAAAUAACCAAGAAGUAGAGGGGCGCCCAUUCUAUUACUAGUUUUUGUAGCAAAUAAUAUUUGCUGAAAAGAAUAAAAAGAUAUAAUUUUUCUUUUUA